GUGCCAAUAGUUAUGUAGGUUAUAAACAACUAUAAAUGUUUGGAUAUUAGCGAGACUGUGACGAUUCUAGGAUAUUAUUUUGAAAUAAAAUUUUAAAAUGCGUGUUUCUAUUGCGCGUUUAACUAAAAUAUCUCCAAAAUUAAAGGAGCUUCGUAUUCAUCUUUCCCAGACGGAUGAAGCCUCGAAGGGAGCGAGAGAAUUUGUGGAGAAAUUUUAUCCCAACUUUAAAAAGAGCAAUCCAGAAUUACCAAUUCUAAUACGUGAAUGUGCAGGAAUUCAGCCACGGUUAUGGGCUCGAUACGCUCUGGGAAAAGAGACUUCCGUUCCAUUGACAAACCAAUCGGCACCAGAAAUACAGAAGCAGUUGGAAGCUGUAGCAAAGGCGUAAAAUUAAAUUAAUAAGUUGCAGCAUAUUAAAGAAAUCCAUUAUAAAAAAAUAAAAUGUGAUACAAAUAAUUUA